GAUGAAAAAAGAACAAACGGGCUACGGUUAGCCACCAGAGUUAGAUGCAUAUUACGUACUGGUGCUGUAGAAUACAGAUCUCCAUUUCCCUAUAGUUUUGCAGCUUGGAAGUGAGCUGGUGACGGUCAGGUCCAUUAAUUACGAAGAAAAGAAAGUUUUUACUUUGAAUAUUUAUUCUACCUUUUAACAUAGACCGAUAGUCAAUUCCAAGUGAUUCAGAAGUGAAGUUCAAUUACUUCUUCCUAGUUUAAACUUCAUUUGAUUUGAUGCAGAAGCAUUUUUCUUUUUGUGGCAGGAUAGAAAAAACAUGAUAGACAGAAAGAAAAUUAAUGUACAGUAGUGUAUUUUAACUGAAGAUCCAAUGACGUGACUCUUCUAAACCUUCCUUCUCCAUUUUUGUUGGGGCAAUUGCUUAGAAAUUCCCUGAAAGGUGGUUUUCUCCCAUCCCCCAAUCAAUUUCUUCUCUAUAUAUCUUUUAAAAAAAGAAUGGAGGACGGAGAUGAUUGGAUAGCCCGUGAUAAGCUUUACCACGUCCUCUUCUGCUUCUUCAUUGCUAUCAUUACCUCCUUUCUCGCGGAAAGAGCUCGUUACCCUUUCAUCCGCCGGCGGAGCAUCUGGGUCGGAUCCAUUGUCUCACUCGCUGCCGGCGCCGCUAAGGAGGUGGCCGACGAAUUAGGUUAUUUCAGGUCAGCAGGCGCAUCUACCAAGGACGCUGUUGCCGACGUCUUUGUUUGACUGCAGAGUAAAUACCUGCCCCAGCAAGAGCGCCAAGAAUCGGAGCAGUCAGGUAGAUCCAAAUGGCUUUAUAGUUUCCUGCUG